GUCAACUCGAAAAAUGCACUUGCAGCAAAGAAAGUGCCACCAAAUCGCCUCAUUAGGCCCCGAAAUGGUAUAAAUACCACCGGGCGUCAUGUCUCAUUUAUCACAACCGAACUCACCACCACUCAACAAUGAAAAUUUCGGCAGUUUUGCUCGUUUUGGUGGCUGCGGCCGUUGCCAAACCUGUGGACCAACAUGUGGCUGUAACCCAAGACACUGCCGGUAAUUACAAAAUUUCGCUCAAUGUGGAUGGACAAUCCCGAGCAGAACAAGGCAAUGCCGAUGGGACUGUGAGUGGUAGUUAUUCGUACAUUGACGCCAACGGUGUUCUACAGACUGUGCAAUACACGGCUGGUCCAGAUGGUUUCCGGGCUACCGGAAAUAAUCUUCCUGUCGCUCCCAUCGAUCAUAACGUUCCGGUCGGGGAGGCGGGAGAUGUGAGCAAUACGCUUUUGCAGCAAGGGCUGCCAGGAUUUGCCUAAUUUAUUUUUUAUUUAUGUGGUUUUGUAAUAAUAAAUGAUACGUUUGGAAAAA